AUGAAUAACACCGAUCCGACCUCAUUCCAAAGUAUUCUUGCUGGCGUAAAAAGACUAAGGGAGACUGAAAGCGGUGGCAACAAUGAGCAGUCAAAGGACAUUAGCAAAACGGAAGUGACUGCUGCCAGAAGUGAAACAAUUAAAUCAAAUGAAGUAACCAAUGCUUUUAAUCAACGUAGACAGCAUGCUCCACCGUUCAAUGAUAACACUGGAUCUGCAAAAAGCGGUGGUGCAAAUUUCGCAACGGCCUUGCCAGGCAAACAAGUGCUCGUCAAUACAACUCAAAAAGAGAAUCCGUUGCUAAAUCACCUUAAAAAUACCAAUUGGAGAUAUAUUUCAUCUACAAAAGGGACUAAACUAUAUUAUGAUUAUCUUAUUAAAAAGAGAUCCGUGCUUUUUUUAACACUAACCUAUCACAAACUUUAUGCUGAAUAUAUCAACAGAAGAAUGCUGCCUUUGCAAUCCAAUGGGGAUAACAUAUUGAUAUUUGUUGUUGAUGAUGGAAACUCAGAGGAUAUAUUGAAAGAUAUUGCCAAACUUUGUAUGUUCAAGGGAUUUACAUUGCUAUUAGCAUUCAAUUUUGAACAGGCCGCAAAGUAUAUCGAGUAUUUGAACAGAUGA